CCCAGAGCCAAGGUGGAGAGAAGGCUUGGGACCCAGGAACAGAACAGAACCAACGCCGAACAACCCCAGGAGGAAUACAGACUCCAAGGCUGCGCCCGCUAGACCCAGACUCCAGGCUAGACCCUCGAAGGAUGGCUGAUGCCCAGACGCAGGUAGCUCCUACACCAACUGUCCAAAUGAGGACGGGAGAGGGCCUGUCCCUCCCCCCUCCGCCAGCCCUGGAGGGUCUGCCGCAGCCACCACCCAAGGAGUCCUUCUCCAAGCUCCAGCAGCAACGGCAAGCCAGCGAGCUGCGCCGUCUCUACAAGCACAUCCACCCCGAGCUUCGGAAGAACCUCGAGGAAGCUGUGGCUGAGGACCUGGCCGAGGUGCUGGGCUCCGAGGAGCCCACGGAGGGCGAUGUUCAGUGUAUGCGCUGGAUCUUUGAGAACUGGCGGCUGGAUGCCAUUGGCGACCACGAGAGGCCAGCAGCUGCCAAGGAACCUGUGUCGGGGGGCAACGUUCAGGCCACCUCUCGGAAGUUUGAGGAAGGCUCCUUUGCCAGCGGCCCGGAUCAGGAGCCGGCUGGAUCCCGUCCACCGGGAGGGGAUGUUCAAACAGCCAGACAGCUGUUUGAGACCAAGCCGCUAGAUGCACUGACAGUCCGGGAGGAAGCGACAGAGGCCGCCGCGAAGGAGCCCGCUGCCGGUGGAGACGUGCGGGGUACCAGAGAGCUCUUUGAGACGCGUCCUCUGGACCGGCUGGGCUCCCGCCCCUCUGUCCAGGAGCAGAGCCCCUUGGAGCUGCGCUCUGAGAUCCAGGAGCUGAAGGGGGGUGUGAAGAAGACAGUGAAGCUGUUUCAGACGGAACCUCUAUGCGCCAUCCAGGACGCAGAGGGCGCCAUCCACGAAGUCAAGGCUGCCUGUCGCGAGGAGAUUCAAAGCAACGCCGUGAGGUCAGCCCGCUGGCUCUUUGAGACCCGACCUCUGGAUGCCUUCAACCAGGAUCCCAGCCAGGUGCGGGUGAUUCGGGGGAUCUCCCUUGAGGAGGGAGCCCUGCCCGACGUCAGUGCGACUCGUUGGAUCUUUGAGACCCAGCCUCUGGAUGCCAUCCGUGAGAUCCUGGUGGACGAGAAGGACUUCCAGCCGUCUCCAGAUCUCAUCCCACCUGGUCCAGAUGUUCAGCAGCAGAGGCAUCUGUUUGAGACCCGGGCCCUGGACACUCUGAAGGGGGAAGGAGAAGCUGGGGCAGAGGCUCCACCCAAGGAGGAGGUGAUCCCCGGUGACGUUCGCUCUACACUCUGGCUGUUUGAGACGAAGACCCUGGAUGCUCCCAGAGACCAGGUCCAAGUGGGCCAUUUGCAGCGAGUGGGUCACCAGAAGGGUGAGGUGCUUACGACUGGCCGUCUGGCUGGCGAUGGCCUCUCGGCGUUGCCUCUGUCUCAGGGUGUCCCCCAGCACGAUGGGUUGAAGGGGGACGUGAAAACCUUCAAGAAACUUUUUGAGACCCUUCCCCUCGACAGCUUCGGGCAGGGUGAGCAUCCAGUCUGUGGAAACAUAAGCAGAGCGCAAACAGCUGAGUCUGCCAAGCAGCCCCAGGGCACAGAUUCCCCCAUCUAUGCAAUGCAGGACAGCAGGGGACAGCUCCAUGCCCUGACUUCUGUCAGCAGAGAGCAGGUAGUGGGAGGUGACGUUCAAGGCUACAAGUGGAUGUUUGAGACGCAGCCCCUGGACCAGCUGGGUCGAAGCCCCAGCACUGUCGAUGUGGUCCGAGGCAUCACUCGGCAGGAAGUGGUGGCUGGGGACGUUGGCACCACUCGGUGGCUCUUUGAGACACAGCCACUGGAGAUGAUCCACCAACAGGAGCAACAGAAAAGACUGGAGGAGGAUGGGAAGGGUCCAGAAGCUCCUCCUUCGGAGCCCCCUCGAAAAGGCGAUGUUCAGACCAUCCGCUGGCUGUUUGAGACCUACCCCAUGAGCGAGCUGGCGGAGAAGCCAGAAUCAGAGGUCCUAGAUCCAGCGAUCAAGGCUGAGGCACAGUCAUGCACCUGGAUGUUUGGGCCCCAGUCUCUGAACCAGGUAGAAGGCUCUGGGGAGCAGCACCUGCAAGCCAGCCAGGUCCAGGCUAGAGACAGACAGACAGACAGACAUGUCUUUGAGACUGAAUCCCGGCAGGCAUCGGACCAGCCCUGUGGCAAAAGGCCUGUAAGGUACUGCAGCCGGGUAGAGAUACCUUCAGGGCAGGUAUCUCGGCAGAAAGAGGUUUUCCAGGCACUGGAGGCAGGCAAGAAGGAGACGCAGGAGGCCAGAAUGAGCCCUGGGUCCAUCCCCACAGGCUCUGUGCACAAAUUCACCUGGCUGUUUGAGAACUGCCCCAUGGGUUCCCUGGCAGCUGAGAGCAUCCAAGAGGACAACCUCCAGGAGGCACAGUCUAAAGGCCCUGCCCAUCGCAGGACACCAGAGAGGCAGGAGACGGCAGCCGAGAGAACCCUUCGGACUUUGCACGCCACUCCAGGCAUCCUGCACCACGGAGGCAUCCUCAUGGAAGCCCGAGGGCCAGGGGAGCUCUGCCUCGCCAAGUAUGUGCUCCCAGGCCCAGGGCAGGGGCGCCCCUACGUGCGGAAGGAGGAGCUGGUGUGUGGCGAGCUCCCCAGGAUCGUCCGCCAAGUGCUGCGCCGGGCGGAUGUGGACCGGCGGGGGCUGCUGGUUCAGGAGGACGCUGCUGGCCGGCUCCGGCUGCACCCACUCAGGUUGCCAGGGCCAGGUGGCAGCGGGAAUAUUGAAGACAUGGACCCUGAGCUGCAGCAGCUGCUGGCUUGUGGCCUUGGGGUCUCGGUGGCAAAGACAGGGCUGGUGAUGCAAGAGACAGGGCAGGGCCUAGUGGUGCUGACUGCUUACUCCCUGCAGCCCCAGCUAACCAGCGGGGCCCCCGAAAGGAGCAGUGUGCAGCUGCUGGCCAGCUGCAUAGACAAAGGAGACCUGACGGGCCUUCAGAGUUUGCGGUGGGAGCCACCAACAGACUCGAGUUCUGUACCGGGCAGCGAGGAGCCCCAGAGGUUUCCCCCAGCUGAGAGCAUCAUACAUGUUGCCCCGUUGGACUCCACCGUGGAGAUGGAGCACCUGAGAGUUUCGGGGACCACACCCUGCCCACCUCCACCUCGGGCAGUUGGAAAAGUGUUCCUUCCAAAUGGGAGAGCUGUAAACCAGGCCCCAUUGCAGGAAGCAAGAAAGCAAACAGAUACCAGCCCUGCUGGGCAGACAGGGAAGGCAGCCUUAGGAGGGCCACAAGGAACCGCAGCUUCCCCUCUAGGCUCUGGGACCCCGGAUCUCCAGGGAGCCGUGCAAAAUCUGCGGAUGGCAACUGCCGAGGCCCAAAGCCUGCGCCAGCAAGUUCUGAACAGACGUCCGCAGGGCUCUGACCCUACAGCCACCUCUGUGCCUGGCCAAGAUGGUCUGCAAGCAUCAAUCCCUGCCACGGGGCUUACCCAAGGCAGCGUCAGGCCUGUGGUCAGAAGUGAGGCCCGGAUCCCAGCAGCCCCCAGAAAGCUGCUGUGACAGAACCUGACCACCCAGCUCAAGGCCACCGCUGCCAUGAAGACUCCAUCCAGCAGGCCUCGGAGCCCCACCUUCACACCCACAACAGACCUGCUGGCCAGGAAACCCCUGAGGGGUCAGAGACAGAAA